AUGUCGGUCAUUGCACAUGUGGACCACGGAAAGUCAACCUUGACCGAUUCCCUCGUCCAGCGAGCCGGUAUCAUCUCAGCAGCCAAAGCCGGCGAAGCACGAUUUACCGAUACGCGAAAGGAUGAGCAAGAGCGAGGCAUUACAAUCAAGUCUACCGCCAUCUCUUUGUAUGCCCAUUUGCCAAACGAGGAAGACCUCAAGGAUAUCCCUCAGAAAGUAGAUGGAAAUGAAUUCUUGAUCAACUUGAUCGAUUCCCCUGGUCACGUCGAUUUCUCUUCGGAAGUCACGGCCGCCCUUCGAGUCACUGACGGUGCCUUGGUCGUCGUCGACACCGUCGAAGGUGUCUGCGUGCAGACCGAGACGGUACUUCGACAAGCUCUCGGUGAACGCAUCAAGCCAGUCGUUAUCAUCAACAAAGUCGACCGUGCUCUUCUUGAAUUGCAAGUCGAGAAGGAGGAUCUCUACCAAUCUUUCCUCAGAACUGUUGAGUCGGUGAACGUCAUCAUCUCCACCUACUUCGACAAGGCCCUCGGUGAUGUCCAGGUCUUCCCAGAAAAGGGCACGGUUGCAUUCGGCUCGGGCCUCCACGGUUGGGCUUUCACGAUCCGACAGUUUGCCGUCAGAUACGCUAAGAAAUUCGGUGUCGACAAGGCCAAGAUGAUGGAACGCCUCUGGGGCGACAACUACUUCAACCCUAAGACCAAGAAGUGGACCAAGACGGCUGAGCACGAGGGCAAGACUCUUGAGCGCGCCUUCAACCAGUUUAUCCUCGACCCGAUCUUCAAGAUCUUCGAUGCCUUCAUGAAGGGCAAGAUCGAUGAGCUUGUCACCCUCUGCUCCAAAUUGGAUAUCAAAAUCACCAGUGAAGAGAGAGAACUCCCCGGCAAAGGUGUCCUCAAGGCGGCCAUGCGAAAAUUCUUGCCAGCCGCUGAUGCUCUCCUCGAAAUGAUGGUCAUCCAUUUGCCGUCCCCGGUCACGGCCCAGAAAUACCGAGCCGAGACUUUGUAUGAAGGUCCCGCUGAUGACCCCGCCUGCAUUGCUAUCCGCGAUUGUGAUCCCAAGGCCGAUCUCAUGCUUUAUGUCUCCAAGAUGGUGCCGACGUCUGACAAGGGCCGUUUCUACGCCUUCGGCCGUGUCUUCGCCGGUACUGUCCGCUCUGGCUUGAAGGUCCGUAUCCAGGGACCCAACUAUGUCCCCGGCAAGAAGGAAGAUCUCUUCAUCAAGUCAAUUCAACGCACGGUUCUCAUGAUGGGUCGUACGGUCGAGCCUAUCGACGAUAUGCCCGCUGGUAACAUCAUCGGCCUGGUCGGCAUCGACCAGUUCUUGCUCAAGUCCGGUACUCUCACCACCUCUGAGACCGCUCACAACUUGAAGGUCAUGAAGUUCUCUGUUUCCCCCGUCGUCCAGCGUUCAGUCGAAGUCAAGAACGCCAACGACUUGCCUAAACUUGUCGAAGGUCUUAAGCGACUGUCGAAGUCGGAUCCGUGUGUCUUGACUUCCAUCAACGAGUCCGGUGAGCACAUUGUUGCAGGCGCCGGUGAGCUUCACUUGGAAAUCUGCUUGAAAGAUUUGGAAGAAGACCACGCCGGUGUGCCUCUCAAGAUCAACGACCCAGUCGUCUCAUAUCGCGAAACUGUGGGUGGCACUUCGAGUAUGACCGCGCUUUCUAAAUCACCUAACAAGCACAACCGUCUCUACGUUGUCGCCGAACCUCUGGGUGAGGAGGUCUCCAAAGAUAUUGAAGGCGGCAAGAUCAACCCUCGUGACGAUUUCAAGGCCCGUGCACGCGUCCUUGCCGAUGAACACGGCUGGGAUGUCACCGAUGCUCGAAAGAUCUGGGCCUUCGGUCCUGACACUACCGGUGCCAACUUGUUGGUUGACCAGACCAAGGCGGUGCAAUACCUCAACGAAAUCAAGGAUUCCUUCGUCUCGGGUUUUCAAUGGGCCUCUCGUGAAGGACCUAUUGCGGAAGAGCCCAUGCGAUCUAUCCGAUUCAACAUCAUGGACGUCACUUUGCAUGCUGAUGCUAUCCACCGUGGUGGCGGUCAGAUUAUCCCCACUGCGAGACGAGUGCUGUAUGCUGCCACUCUCCUGGCUGAACCUGGUAUCCAGGAACCGGUCUAUCUGGUCGAAAUCCAAGUUCCCGAACAAGCCAUGGGGGGUAUCUAUGGCGUGUUGACUCGUAGGAGAGGUCAUGUCUUCUCUGAGGAACAACGUGUGGGAACUCCUCUGUUCACGGUCAAGGCCUAUCUCCCUGUCAUGGAGUCCUUCGGUUUCAACGCUGAUCUACGUGCUGCCACCAGUGGUCAAGCCUUCCCUCAAUCCGUCUUCGAUCACUGGCAGAUCCUUCCUGGCGGCUCACCACUCGAUUCCAACACUAUGCCCGGCAAAGUUGUUGAGACCAUGCGUACGAGAAAGGGUCUCAAACCACAAGUUCCAGGAUAUGACAACUACUACGACAAGUUGUAG